AUGCAUCAUGUCCAGCGGCUUCAGCGCCGGAACGCAACGGAAUUGCUGCAUUUCUUCGCGGCAGGCGACGGGAGCCUUGCAGUGCAGCACGCUAGCGUUUCGAGCGCUUCUUAUUGUCAACAAAUUCUUGACGCGCUCCACGCUGUCCAUGGCCGAGGCGGGGAGCCCAGCACUUCUGGCUGCGAAUCCGAUGAGCGUUCCAGCCCUCAGUUUUGGUCGCCGCGCAUCUCCACGUUUUGGAGCGCUCGGAAGAAUGCGCUGUCACCUCAGAGGUCACGCGCACCGACAUACAGCCAGUACCUGAGAAGACAGCUUCAUGCAUUACAUUAUCACGUCCCCUCAUGGACUGCUAGCGUUGGCCCUGGUAAAGUUGCUUGGCUGGACGCCGCAUUUUCCAACCCAUUUCUUCUGUCCGAGAUAUCUGCCGGUAUCUUCAAGCCCGCCCGUAGGCAGCUUGUGGGAUGCGUCCAGUUGGCGACGCCCCACGGCAGCCCGCUGCUCGUCCAUCGGCCGUACUGCCAAAUAGCAGACCGUUCCACUGGUGGGUUACGAGCUCUUCGGGCGGCUCCGGUCCGAAAACCCUUUUCAGUUGGAGGCAGAGAAGCAGCGCAGGCUGGCGGCAGUGGCAGCGCUGCCGGCGCCGGCGUCGACGGCAACGGCCGCGGCAGCGCCGCCACUGCCGCUCCUGGCAGCGAUGCCGGUGGAUCUGCUGCCGCCGCGGCAUCUGGAGAUGGCGGCGGUGGCUCCGCUGGCUCGUCCAAUGUACGGCAGCUCGCCACGCAGCGCCACGUGCUGAGAUCGGGCCCAAGCGUUCAGAACGUAUGCGUGCAGGAAAUCCUGGGCCGGGCGAAAAUGAAUACCGUUUUUGAGGUGAUUGUGAUUCGCUCCGACGGUCGUACAUUGGAACCUAAUGGUGGCGUUACGGCUUCGGAGCUGGGCCUGCACUCCCGGGAUCUGUCCCUGUUCGCCCGGGACUCCAGGUUGUCGCCGCAGCGGGCCACCAUCGCGGUCCGGGGUGAUCGGAUCUUGUUCCGUACAGAGGCCAUCAAGGCGGUCAUUGAACGAGACCAAUGCACCCUCAUAAAGAACACGUGA